UGUACGUGCAUCGCGGCAUGGCGCCUAACCUCUCCUCUCUCGUCUUCCUCUUCCUCCUCCUGCCCGCGGCCGGCAAUGCCGCCGCCACCGCCGCGGCCACGCCGCCUUCCUCCGGAAACAACGCCUUCAACGUCACGGAGAUCCUCCGCCGGUACCCGGAGUUCAAGCUCUUCAACCUGCUCCUCUCCAAGACCCGCGUCGCGCGCGAGAUCAACAGCCGGAGCUCCGUCACCAUCCUCGUCCCGGACAACUCCGCCGUGGACUGGCUCCUCCGCCGGAGCACCAGGCUGGCGCGGACCUCGCUCGUGGAGCUCAUGUCCGUCCACGUCGUGCUCGACUACAUCGACGACGCGAAGCUGGCGGCGCUGCCCCGGGGCCAGCCCACCGUGGUCACCACGCUGUUCCAGACCACGGGCACCGCGCGGAACCGCACGGGGUUCCUGAACGUCACCGCGGCGCCCCGCGGCGGCGCCGCCUUCGUCUCGGCGGCGCCGGGGUCGCUGGUGAGCGCCACCUUCAAGAGGACCGUGACCGCCAAGCCGUACAACAUCUCGGUGCUCCAGAUCAGCAACUUCGUCGUGCCGCCGGGGAUCGUCACCAGGCCGCUGCCGCCGCCGGCGCCGAGGAUGAGGCAGAUGGCGAUCGCGCCGAGCCCUGCACCAACGGCGCCCCGGCUACCGCCGCCGACGCUACCGGCCUCAGGAGGCGACACCAGCGAGGCUCCGGACGCUGCUGAAGCGCCGGCGCCGUCGCGGGGCCAUGUGGCGAAGGUGACGAGUUGGUGGAUUGGUGCGGCCGCGGGGAUCGUAUGCAUGAUCGGGUUCUUGUAGGUUAAUUGCAACGGAUCGGAUUCAAUAUGCAUGUGAUUUUGAACACCCUAGCUAAUUCCUAUAGCUGCCUUGUUUCUAUUUUCGUUUUCUUAUGCCUGUCGAACAUGUGAUCGUAUGCAUGUGAUUUUCGUUUUGAACACUUUGGGCGGUACCGUGACGGUAGUGCCACUGAGCCAACGAACUCGGCACGGGAUAAACGGGG